GAUCUUUCUAGCUUUUAACUCUGUCAUUUGAUGUGAAAUUUUUGCUCCCUUAGAUAUACAAAACUAUACUGGGUAUAUUUUCCCAUUUUAAACUUAUUUUAAGGGAACUAAAUAAACCUUUUCUCUUUCUCUCUCUAUAUCUAUCUCUAUAUCUAUGUACAAAAAUGUGUAGUAACUCCUCUGCCCCUCAUAAAAGCAGAUCCUGUUAAAGAUCUACUUGUAUGCUAUCAGAUAGGGAUAUAGAUUGCAGAGGUACAAAAGUUGUUAGCAAAGCAAUUAUUUUGGACAGAGGAAUACUACACUCUUAGUGAGGAUUACAAUUCAAAGGAGGAAUUAGCUUGAAUUAUUUGAAGAUUGUAUCCUGGAUUCAGUUGCAAGAAUCUUUCAUGGAAGUUUCUGCUAAUCUUGGUGAGGAGAAAAAAUGAAAAUUUAUUGGGAUGACGAAAUCACUUUAUUGUGCAAUAUAUAAGUGGAUUUGUCUACAAACUUUAGAUUGUUAUUGGAUGAUCAGAUGCAGUGUUGAAAUUUGGUUAUAUUGUAGUUACUUUGGCGGUGAUUGUGCCUUUGACAGGAGCUUCUGAACCCAUUCUGUACAAAAAUAUUUAUAUGUCCUACAUUGUUGGAGUGAUAUUUGAUGCAUACACUCCUACAUAUAGAGUGCUUUCAGCUUUACAUUGUUGAAAUAUGUUUAAUUGAAGAAGUUGCUGAUAUAGUGUUGAUUGACUUCUGUAAGGGUGACAUCCUCCUUCUGUUGAUGCGGUGGUAAUAAGCAGCCAUGUAAUUUAUUUAAUUUUUUGCAUAUACAGUGGUUCUUCAAUUGCUUGGAAGUGUAAUAUAACUGUUAUACUGGACUGGGAUUUGUCUGACAUACAUAGUAAUAACAUGGAAGCUGAGACCAUUAAUGCUAACCAAAAGCCUGGUCUUCUUAAUUUGCUACUUCCUGCUGUCUUACCUGUGCUUCUGGUUUCAAUUGGAUACGUUGACCCUGGAAAGUGGGCAGCAAUUGUUGAAGGCAGUUCUCAUUUUGGGACUGAUCUGGUAGCACUAAUGAUGCUUUUCAAUUUUGCUGCCAUUCUGUGUCAGUACCUUUCAGCUCGUAUUGGCGUUGUCACAGGAAGAGAUCUUGCUCAGAUCUGUAGCAGUGAGUAUGACAAAUACACUUGUGUACUCCUAGGAGUUCAAACAGAGCUUUCUGUGAUUUUACUAGAUCUUACUAUGGUUUUGGGGAUUGCACAUGGGCUUAAUCUUCUGUUGAGGGUGGACUUGUCCACCAGUGUUUUUUUAGCAGCUGCUGAUGCUGUUUUAUAUCCGCUUUUUGCUGGACUCCUGGAGAACAAGGUAAAUUUCCUUUGCGUAAGCAUGGCAGGUGUCCUGUUGCUUUCGUAUGUUUUUGGAGUGCUAAUUAGUCAACCAGAAGCUCCACUUUCUGUGAAUGGGAUGCUAACAAAGUUGAGUGGUGAGAGUGCAUUCACUCUAAUGAGUCUUCUAGGAGCAAAUAUUAUGCCUCACAAUUUUUACCUCCAUUCUUCUAUCAUUCAGCAACAUCAAGGGUGGCUUAAAAUCUCCAAGGACACCAUGUGUCACUAUCAUUUUUGUGCCAUCUCAUGCAUCUUUUGUGGCAUUUAUCUGGUGAAUUUUGUGCUGAUGAACUCAGCGGCAAACAUUUUCCACAGUACUGGUCUUGUCUUGCUUACUUUUCAGGAUGCAAUGGAUCAGGUAUUUAGGAGUCCAGUAUCCCCUUUUGUAUUCCUGCUGGUUCUAAUUCUUUCAAGUCAAAUCACUGCACUAACCUGGAAUCUCAGUGGACAAGUAGUCUUACAUGACUUUCUCAAACUGGACAUACCCAGUUGGCUUCAUCGUGCUACAAUCAGAAUCAUCAGCAUGGUCCCAGCUCUUUAUUGUGUUUGGACUUCAGGAGCUGAAGGAAUAUAUCAGUUGCUCAUAUUCUCACAGGUUAUGGUAGCUCUGUUGCUUCCAUCUUCUGUGAUCCCCCUUUUCCGUGUUGCCUCAUCAAGGUCAAUAAUGGGUAGCCAUAAUAUUUCUCAGUUUCUGGAAUUCUUAGUUCUGAUAACAUUUGGUGGGAUGCUGGUCUUGAAGCUCAUGUUUGUGGUUGAAAUGAUAUUUGGUAACAGUGAUUGGGCUGGUAAUUUGUGGUGGAAUAUAGGGAGUAGUGCAUCUGCCCCCUUUAUUGUCCUUCUCAUCACUGCUUGUGCAUCACUUUGUUUGAUGCUUUGGCUUUUGGCUACUCCCUUAAAAUCUGCAAGUUCCCGAAGUGAUGCUCAAGGGUGGAGCUGGGAUAUACAAAAAGUAUCCGGGCCCAUUAUUGAGAGGGAGAAAAAUGAUAUAACUGAAACUAGUUAUCAGGGAGAGGAGCUUGUCCAGAAACAGGAAUUGGGUCCAGCUGUGGUAAAGUCCACAGAAAGUCAAUCAGAUACAUCUGUUACAAAUUUUGAUCUUGAUUUGCCUGAGACGAUCAUGGAGUCUGAUAAAAAAAUUCUUUUAGGUACCAUUCUGGAAAAUCGUUCUAAUAUUACAUUUCCUAGCCCUGCAAUAUUGCAUCAAGAGGAAUCAGCAUCUACAGAUGGUUCCUUGGCUGUCUCAAAUGUGCCUAAGGAGGCUUCCGGUAAUUAUCUCUUGGGCACAAAGACCUUGAUGAUUGAAUCACUGGCUCCUCCGGAGAAAACAGUGGGUGUAGAAGGAGAUUUACCCACUGAAAAGAAUGAUGAUGGAGGAGAUACCUGGGAGGCUGAAGAAUCAUCCAAAGAUGUUCCUGAGAGUACCUCAUCUUUCACAUUUGAUGGUCCAGGCUCAUUUAGGAGUUUCAGUGGGAAAAGUGACGAGAGUGGGAAUGGUCCUGGAAGUCUUUCAAGAUUAGUGGGGUUGGGCCGUGCUGCAAGGCGUCAAUUGGCUUCACUUCUUGAUGAGUUUUGGGGACAGUUAUAUGACUCCUAUGGGCAAAUGACUCAAGAAGCGAAGGCUAAGAAAUUUUAUAAAUUAUUGGGGCCAGGGAUUGAUUCAAAGCCUGUCUCUUCACUGAAAGUAGACCCUGCCAUGAAAGAAUUUAGUGGUUUUUCCCCAUCUGUAGGGGGAAGGGGGUCUGAUUCUAUGUUAGCUUCAAGUUUAUAUGACUCUCCAAAGCAGCAAAGAGUACAAAGUAGCGUUGAUUCAGCUUACGGAGUUCAAAGAGGAUCUUCCCUGGUAUGCUUCAACCACAUGCAGUUGUUAGAUGCAUUUAUUCAGAGUUCCAGUUCUGGUGUUCAUGAUGCUGGUGAGAGGAGGUACUCUAGUUAUCACUUUCCAUCAGAAGAUUUGAGUGAGAGGAGGUACCCUAUUUUGCGGACUACACAAUCUUCCAAUGCCUGGAAUUAUCAGCCAACCACAGUGCAUGGUUGUGACAUUGCACAUCUCAGUCAAAUUGCUAGGGAAAGAAAUUCUGAUUACCUGAAUGGUCAAAGGGAGUCACCAGCCCUGAAAUCCCCUUCUUUGGUGUCUACAACCUAUGUAGAUUCACCUGCUUUUGCUAUGGGGCAGAAAUUUCAAAAUGAUACGAGCUCUGUUCAAGUGUCUGGAUACCAGAACUUUACAGUAUCCAGAAAUAGUCCAUUACAAUCUGAAAGAUCAUAUUAUGGUGCUUCCUCUUCUGUACCUGUUGAUAGUGUACUAAUGUCUGCAAAUGCAAAGAAAUACCAUAGCUUGCCUGACAUAUCGGGUCUUUCUGUUCCCCUGCGGGAUCAAUAUAUGGCCAAUAGGGGUACUCAGGGGGCUGGCUUAACUAGAUACCAAUCAUCUGUUGGUCGGCCUAGUUGUGAGCCAUCUCCGUACUCAAAUCCUGGAUCCAGGGCAGGAGCUCCUUUGGCAUUUGAUGAGCUCUCUCCAUCGAAUGUAUACGGAGAUGUUUUUCCCCCGCAGUUAAAUUCAAGUUCAAGUACUAAAUCGCUUUGGGCUAGACAGCCUUUUGAGCAGUUUGGUGUAGCUGAUAAAAGUCGGACUGUUGGUGAAGGACUUGGAAAUAGGUCAAAUACAGAUUCUCAAGAGGCUACAUUCGCUGGAAAUUCAGAGGUCCAGCUUCUUGAAUCUUUUAGACUAUGUAUUGUGAAUCUUUUGAAAUUGGAAGGAUCUGAGUGGUUAUUUAAACUAAAUGAUGGGGCUGAUGAGGAUUUAAUUGAUCGAGUGGCUGCUAGGGAGAAAUUUCUUUGUGAAUUUGAAGACAAAACCAGAGAGAUUCAAAUGGCUGAAUCUCCGUAUCUGUCUUCUGAAAGGAAGAUUCCUAACACAGUGAAGAAUGAUGACACGUCAGUUCCAAACUGUGGGGAUGGCUGUAUAUGGAGAGUGGAUUUGAUUGUAAGCUUUGGGGUCUGGUGCAUUCACCGAAUUCUUGAUCUGUCACUCAUGGAAAGCCGGCCUGAGCUGUGGGGAAAAUACACUUACGUACUAAAUCGCCUUCAGGGUGUUAUAGAUCUGGCAUUCUCAAGGCCACGCACACCAAUGACUCCUUGCUUGUGCCUCCAAAUUCCUGUUGGGCAUCAGCAAAGGUCAAGCCCGCCUACUUCAAACGGUAUGUUGCCACCUACUGCAAAACCAGGAAGAGGGAAAUGCACAACUGCAGCUAUGCUUCUGGACAUCAUUAAGGACAUAGAGAUUGCUAUAUCUAACCGAAGGGGACGAGCAGGCACUGCUGCUGGCGAUGUGGCUUUUCCAAAGGGAAAAGAGAAUCUGGCAUCUGUUCUCAAACGCUACAAACGUCGAUUGGCCAACAGACCUGCCGGCAAUAAUGAUACAUCUGGGUCAAGGAAGGUAUCAACAUCAGCUCCUUAUGGCUCAUAAGUCCACAGAUUCAACUGGAUGGUUGAUUUUCAAAAGUAGCUCAAACUGUAUAUGAGGAUUGCUCUGUUGUUACAAUACAGUCUCACUUGCAGUCUUGUGUAUUUUAUCCACAUGCUGCAAAUUUUAUCUGCAUGUAUCUUAUUUAUACAUAGGAUAAAGUUUACUGGAUUUGCAAUUGCAGCAGAAUUAAUGAAAUCGGUUAGCGGAAA